CUGCCCAUCCCCCUUUUCUAAUGAAGGGUCUAGGCCCGAAACGUCAGCUUUUGUGCUCCUCAGAUGCUGCUUUGCCUGCUGUAUUCAUCCAGCUCGACACUGUGUUGUCAUAAGAUUAGACGUGAUGUUUUGAAUUAGGGAGCACAUCUAAAGGGUCGAAUGGCCGGCAGCUACUCCACUUGCCCAUCAGAUUGUGAGAGAGCCGCAGGGAGGCAGUUACUGACAUGUUCCGGGAAACGAUCGAAGUUCAUCGUUCAGCUUCUGUUUCACGCUCUUGUUUUUGCGAAUUGGAAUUGAAUCGUGGGAAAGAAAAGUCAUUACAUACAAACGUUCUCUGCUCUUUCCCCCACAGCCCUCAGUUGCUUUGCUGAAACUGGGAGAAAAGUGAAUUGGGGAAAUGAUCAAUUGAUAUUUGUUUCUGGGAAUUAUUCGGAAAAGUAGCGCAUGCGCGAUUUCCCCCACCCACUCGAAAAAGAGCAUUUGUUUGUUUAGAGGAGCGCAUGCGUAAGGCCUUCCCCCAGCGCUGCCAUUGAGGAGCAUUGACUCAGUGAGUAGAAGAGGAAAAUACUUGCAGGAACAAGACAAUGUAAUACUUGGCCAAUACAAAGCUAAGGGUGACCAGCUGCUUCUAACAAACAACAGGAGGAAUAAAUUUGAAAUACACAGUCAGAUGAGUGACUGCCCAAUCCAGAACCAAACUUACUAUCAUAACCUGUACAGAGACUCAAUAUUUGUGGACAUUAACCAAACUGCAUCUACAGAGUCAGAGACUGACAAAGAAAAACACUUGAAGGACCAAGACAAAGUAAGAUUUCUUCAGUACAAUGGCAAGUGUGACCAGAUCCUUCUGACAAACAGCAGCCCUGUCAACCUGGGUGGCAACUUUCAAGGAUCUGUGUACGUGGACACCGAGAUCGAUCUGCUCGUCGCCACUACCAAGAAUCUUACCCCAGUACUUUGCCUUCUGGUUACUCCUACCAAAGUGCAUCACCUCACACUUGUCUGCAUUAAACUCCAUUUGCCACCUCUCAGCCCAGCUCUGCAGCUUAUCUAUGUCUCUCUGCAACCUUCAGCAUCCUUCGUCACUAUCUUCAACUCCGCCGACCUUGGUGUCGUCCGCAAAUUUACUAACACAUCCUUCUACGCCCUCAUCCAGGUCAUUUAUAAAAAUGACAAACAGCAGUGGACCCAACACUGACCCUUGCGGUACACCUCUAGUAACUGCUGUCCAGGAUGAACAUUUCCCAUCAACUACCACCCUCUGUCUUCUUUCAGCAGGCCAAUUUCCGAUCCAAACUGCUAUAUCUCCCACAAUUCCAUUCCUCCGCAUUUUGUACAAGAGCCUACUGUGGGGAACCUUAUCGAAUGCCUUGCUGAAAUCCAACACAUCAACAGGUUUACUCUCAUCUACCUGUUUGGUCACCUUCUCAAAGAACUCAAUAAGAUUUGUGAGGCACGCCUUUCCCUUCACAAAACCGUGCUGACUAUCCCUAAUCAAUUUAUUCUUUUCUAGAUGAUUAUAAAUCCUAUCCCUUAUAAUCUUUUUAACACAUUGCCAAUACCUGAGGUAAUGCUCACUGAUCUAUAAUUAUCAGGGUUGUCUCUACUCCCCUUCUUGAACAGGGGAACCACAUUUGCUAUCCUCCAGUCAUCUGGCACUAUUCCUGCAGACAAUGACGAGUGAAAGAUCAACGUUAAAGGCUCGGCAAUCUCCUCCCUGGCUUCCCAGAGGAUCCUCAGAUAAAUGCCAUCCGGCCCAGAGGACUUAUCUAUCGUCACCCUCUGUAGGAUUUCUAAUACCUCUUCCUUGUGAACCUCAAUCCCACCCAGUCUAAUAGCCUGUAUCUCAGUAUUCUCCUCGACAACAUUGCUGUUUUCAGGAGUGAAUACUGUUGAAAAAUAUGCAUUGAGUGCUUCCCCUAUCUCCUCUGACUCCCCACACAAUCUACCGCUACUAUCCUUGAUUGGCCCUCAUCUUACUUUUGUCAUUCUUUUAUUCCUUAAAUACCUAUAGAAAGCCUUAGGGUUUACCCUGAUCCUAUCCGCCAACAACUUCUCAUGUCUCCUCCUGGCUCUUCUGAGCUCUCUCUUUAGGUCUUUCCUGGCUACCCCGUAGCCCUCAAGCACUCUAACUGAGCCUUCACAUCUUAUCCUAACAUAAGUCUUCUUCUUCCUCUUUACCAGAGAUUCCACCUCCUUCGUAAACCACGGCUCCCGCGCCGUACAGCUUCCUCCCUGCCUGACAGGUACAUACUUAUGUAGGACACACAGGAGGUUUUCCUUGAAUAAACGCCACAUUUCUAAUGUGCCCAUCCCCUGCAGUUUCCUUCCCCAUCCUAUGCUCCCUGAAUCUUGCCUUAUCUCAUCGUAAUUGCCUUUCCCCCAGCUAUAACUCUUGCCCAGUGGUAUACACAUAUCCUUUUCCAUCACUAAAGUAAACAUAACAGAAUUGUGAUCGCGAUCACUGAAGUGCUCACCUACUUCCAAAUCCAACACCUGGUCGGGCUCUUGCCCAGCACCAAAUCUAAUGUGGCUUCGCCCCUUGUUGGCCUAUCUACAUACUGUGUCAGGAAGCCCUCCUGCACACACUGGACAAAAACUGACCCAUCUAUAGUACUUGAACUAUAGUGUUCCCAGUCAAUAUUUGGAAAGUUGAAGUCCCCCAUGACAACGACCCAGUCUCUCUCACUCCUAUCGAGAAUCAUCUUUGCUAUCCUUUCCUCUACAUCUCUGGAACUAUUCGGAGGCCUAUAGGAAACUCCCAACAGGGUGACCUCUCCUUUCCUGUUUCUAACCUCAGCCCAUACUACCUCAGUUGAUGAGUCCCCAAACAUGCUUUCUGCAACUGUAAUCCUUGACCAACAAUGCCACACCUCCCUCAUUUUACCAUCUUCUCUGUUCUUACUGAAACAUCUAAAUCCCAGAACCUGCAACAGCCAUUCCUGUCCCUGCCCUAUCCAUGUCUCUAAAAUGGCCACAACAUUGAAGUCCCAGGUACUAACCUAUGCUGCAAGUUCACCCACCUUAUUCCAGACGCUCCUGGCGUUGAAGUAGACACACUUCAAAGCAACUUCUUGCUUGCCGGCGCCAUCUUGCAUCCCUGAAACUUUAUUUCUGACCUCCCUACUCUCAACCUUUUCUAUCCUCAACCUACAAUUUUGGUUCCCAUCCCCCUGCUGAAUUAGUUUAAACCCACCCGAAUAGGCUGAGCAAAUUUUGCCCCCAGGAGAUUGGUACCCCUCUGGUUCAGGUGAAGACCAUCUUCCUUGUAGAGGUCCCACCUACCCCAGAAAGAGCCCCAAUUAUCCAAGAAUCCAAAACCCACCCUCCUGCACCAUCCCUGUAGCCACGUGUUCAACUCCUCUCUCUCCCUAUUCCUCGCCUCACUAGCACGUGGCACGGGCAACAAACCAGACACAACAACUCUGUUCGUCCUAGCUCUCAGCUUCCAUCCGAGCUCCCUGAAUUUCUGCCUUAAAUCCCCAUCUCUCUUCCUACCUAUGUCGUUGGUGUCAAUGUGCUUCCUCGGCUUUACGCAGCUCUGGAUGCUGCAGUGUGUUAUGGCUCACUUGAACAGUGUUUUGAUGCAGCUCCAUUAGUGGGGAUUGGCGUGAUUGCAGUUGUAGUUGAGUACCUGAUCAGUAUGUAUUAAAAACUGUAAUAACUGCACUGUCAAGACUCUUGUAACUGAAACUGACAGAUACAGCUUGAUGUGGAGUGCCUCCGAGAUGGAUUCUUGGAACAGCUGGUACUGGAACCUACCAGGGAGAAGGCAAUUCUGGGUCUGGUGUUGUGCAAUGAACCAGAUUUGAUGAGGGACUUCAAAGUAGAGGAGCCAUGAGGAAGUAGUGACCAUAAUAUGAUAAGUUUUAAUCUGCAAUUUGAGAGGGAGAAGGGAGAAUCGGAAGUGUCAGUAUUGGCGUUGAACAAAGGGAACUAUGGAGCUAUGAGGGAGGAGCUGGCCAAAGUUCAGUGGUUCAAUACCCUCGCAGGGAUGGCAGUGGAACAACAAUGGCAGGUAUUUCUGGAUAUAAUGCAGAAGGUGCAGGAUCCGUUCAUUCCAAAGAGGAAGAAAGAUCCUAUGGGGAGGCAGGGUCGGCCGUGGCUGACAAGGGAAGUUAAGGACUGUAUAAAGAUAAAAAAGAAGUAGUAUAACAUAGCAAAGAUGAGCGGGAAGCCGGAGGACUGGGACAGUUUUAAACACCAACAGAGGAUAACUAAAAAGGCAAUACAUGGAGAAAAAAAUGAGGUACGAAGGCACACUGGCCAAAAAUAUAAGAGGAUUAUAAAGGACAUCUGCCAAUGUGGUAUACUGCAUCCACUGUACCCGGUGUGGCUUCCUCUACAUUGGGGAAACCAAGCGGAGGCUUGGGGACCGCUUUGCAGAACACCUCCGCUCAGUUCGCAACAAACAACUGCACCUCCCAGUCGCAAACCAUUUCCACUCCCCCUCCCAUUCUUUCGAUGACAUGUCCAUCAUGGGCCUCCUGCAGAGCCACAAUGAUGCCACCCGAAGGUUGCAGGAACAGCAACUCAUAUUCCACCUGGGAACCCUGCAGCCAUAUGGUAUCAAUGUGGACUUCACUAGUUUCAAAAUCUCCCCUUCCCCCACCGCAUCCCUAAACCAGCCCAGUUCGUCCCCUCCCCCCAUUGCACCACACAACCAGCCCAGCUCUUCCCCUCCACCCACUGCAUCCCAAAACCAGUCCAACCAGUCUCUGCCUCCCUAACGUGUUCUUCCUCUCAUCCAUCCCUUCCUCCCACCCCAAGCCGCACC